AUGUCUGAAGAACAAAUAAAUAGCAAAGAAAAGCCUACAGUUGUCGCUUCAUCUUCUGAAGUUACUAGUGUUGAUGGUGGUAUCGCAAAAGAUAAAGGAAAUGAAUUCUUUAAAGAAGGAAAAGUUAAAGAAGUAACUAAAGACUUUGGGAUUUUUCGUAAAGAUCUACAAGAAGAUGAUGAUCAAACAAAAAAAAAUCCAUUACAAGAAGAUAUUAAAAAAACUACCAGUAUAAUAUAUAGUAAUUUGGCUGCUAUUGAAUAUACACAAAAGGCCUUAAAAAAUGAUCCUGAUAAUAUAAAAGCUUUAUACAGACGUGCUCAAGCUUACAUUGGUGAUGGUAACACAGAUAAGGCCAGAGAGGAUUUGAAUAAAUUGACUGAGAAAGAUCCUAAUG